ACUUAGAUGUCUCAUAGUCUACGCAUUUAGGGGGCGUCGGCCACUUCUGUGAUAACCCUAAAAACGGCAUGGUGUUACACGCGACCAAGGGCUCCGCCUUUGGGAGGAGCGCAAGGGGAUAUUGCAAGGGGAGUAGGCUAUUUAGGCGCAUUCGAAUCUUCAGGUCACCAAAGUUACACCCGCGGAGAAACAGUGCUCUCUUUCUGUCACGAUGUCUACUUAUUACGAGACCAUCAUUUUUUACAACGACAACAGCUCGGAAGAAUCAGGGGAUUAUGAUUUGGGCUAUGAGGAGCCGUGCAACAGAGUCAGUGGUGAAGAUUUUCAACGGAUCUUCUUACCGACAGUUUACGGAAUAAUAUUCCUGUUAGGAAUCGUCGGGAAUGGACUGGUAUUGAUAGUGAUGGGCUACCAGAAAAAGGUCAAAACGAUGACUGAUAAAUACAGGCUGCAUCUCUCGGUGGCUGACCUCCUAUUCGUCCUCACUCUACCUUUCUGGGCGGUGGAUGCGGCCAGCAGUUGGUACUUUGGCGGUUUCCUCUGUACCACUGUGCAUGUGAUUUACACCAUCAACCUGUACAGCAGCGUCCUCAUUCUGGCCUUUAUCAGUGUGGACAGGUACCUGGCAGUGGUGCAUGCCACCAAUAGUCAAACCACCAGGAAGUUUCUUGCAGACAGAGUGAUCUAUGUAGCUGUAUGGCUACCUGCUGUGAUUCUCACUGUGCCUGACAUAGUGUUUGCCACAGCUCAGAAUAGAGUCUCCAGAACCAUCUGUCAACGCAUCUACCCCCAGGAAACUAGCUUCUACUGGAUGGCGGGGUUCCGUUUCCAGCACAUUCUGGUAGGCUUUGUCCUUCCCGGGUUGGUCAUCCUCACCUGCUACUGCAUCAUCAUCGCCAAGCUGUCCCAGGGGUCCAAGGGUCAGGUGUUGAAGAGAAAGGCUCUCAAGACCACUGUCAUCCUUGUCCUGUGCUUCUUCAGCUGCUGGCUGCCUUACUGUGUGGGGAUCUUCGUGGACACCCUGAUGUUGCUCAAUGUGAUCUCCCAUAGCUGUGCCCUGGAGCAGAGUCUGCAGACUUGGAUCUCAAUCACAGAGGCUCUGGCAUACUUUCACUGCUGUCUCAACCCCAUCCUUUAUGCUUUCCUGGGUGUUAAGUUUAAGAAAUCUGCCCGGAAUGCACUGAAUGUCAGCAGUAGAUCAAGUCAUAAGAUACUGACAAAAAAGAGAGGACCCAUUUCAUCUGUGUCUACUGAAUCUGAGUCUUCAAGUGCCCUGUCCAGUUAACAGUCACCAACCAAUGACUUUUAACUUUCAGGUUAAAACCAAGCUAUAUUUUCAGGGACUAACUACAUUUUGUACAGUUUUUAAAGAUUUGUCUAUUUGUAGUUGCCACUUGAGUUUUUGUUCUCGGUAAAUCAAAUUGUUGUAUGUACAUAGAUGAUUUAAAUCUACAGGCAGAGCCUGGUGGCCAUUGACUUGUCAAAUGUAUAUAUUACUCCUGCUACAUUUCCUUGCAGAUCAUUAUAAAGGAUGCAUUGUUCUAGCAAUAUGCUGGGACAUACAAUUCUUCUUCAUACCUGCUAUAGGAUACUAUCUGUUUUCUUUUAAAGAUCUGUACAUAGUUGUUUGCCUUUGUGUUCGCACUUAAGUUGUGCGAUAAGAAGUUAUUAUUUAUUGCUGUCGCUCAUGCUGAACGUUUUUUAAUAUUUUUUUUUGUAUUUUGUUAUUAAGUGUUUGUAUCAUUUCAAAGUCAUUGCAUUUUUGUUCAAGUAUUCUGAAAUAAAAAUUUGAGAAAGGA